AAGAAACGUGACACGUGUCCGAUAUAUGCCAUCGGUUAUAAUUUCCUCGCAAUCGUUCUCGUUCUAAACAGAAAUUCUAAAAACAAUUCCUCUUAACCGGCAAGUGAGUCUCCUUUCAAGAAAUUCAACAACGUACACUGAAACAAUUUAUCAACUUUAUCGAUCAACCUGUGGCUCCUCUUUAUGUGCGAGAAUAAAUUUCCAGAACUCCAAGAAGCAUUCAAUCGCGUACAGGCGCGUACUGAAUUAUAUGUUGUCCAUUUUCAAGGUGACGAAAAUAUUCGACAAACUGCACGAAAGAUGUUAAGUGUACAACCAACGUGAACGAUCGAGUAAGUAAAGUUUCGUAAGCGAGAAAUUGGAUGGACGAUUCGAAACGAAAAUAACUUACCGAUGACGACGUGAGCGUGAUAGGAAAAGAAAACGAUCGGUCCCCGAUGCAACGGCAAGACGAAAGGCCGGACGAGGGCCGGCGAGUGUUCGAGCUGAGCGACGAACGAUGCAAAAUGGCACUACGGAAGCAGCUCGAUCUGGACUCGUUAUCGACCGAGCAGGACAACGCGGCCGAGGACGUCGAGGCCCUUCAGAAGCUUCCGGCUGGAACGAUCGUCAUCAAACGGGAGAAGAGGUACAAGGACGACAGUGACUACGUGAGAGACUCCACCGAGACGAGUAGCGGGGUGUCGUCCUCCAGCAGCGGGGUAACCAAAGUGAAAAGGGUUCACCGCACCGCGAGGAAGAACCGUGGAGCGGCGGAAAUCAGGAGGAACCCGACGCGCGUCACGAAGAGAGACUCAGGUAAAGAUUCCUUCCGUCCGCGUCAACGGUUGCUCUCUGCAAAACGCAAGGAGAUGCUCUUCAAUUCUGAGCCGAUCAGACGUGGGAAAGCCUCCACAAUGCCUUACAUGAACACGAGGUCUGUUACUCGCAAAAUGUACAACGUGGGGGCGACUUAUCAGGCGCCCACCAUAAGAGAUGAAACAGAGUGGAAAGAGUGGCCUGUUCAUGGCAUGCACGAACGACCGGUGUUCCAUCCACAGGUUGGUUUGGCUGCGGAGUACUUAGGACGUUACUUUACAAGCUUGGACGGGCUCUCCUACCGAGAAAUAAUCGACAGACCGGAGAUCGAGGUGGUGUCCGUGGAUCCGCACUGCGACUGCUUGCCGUCGUCCGCUGAAAAGAAAUGUAGGAAGAAAGUCAAGUCGAGCAGAAGCUCUGCCGCUUUCAAAAAUGGUGCUCCGAGGUCCACGGAGCCCUCCGAGAGGGAUAAGUCCUUCGAGACCUGCAUGCACGAAAGUUUCCACUGUGUCCUUGGCUACUGCUCCCAGAUCAUGGCGCCAAGUUACAAGGCGAACGUAGAGGGGAAAAUGAACGCGUUGGACGAGAGUAAAAGCUUACCCGACGCUGGCAAGGAAGCGGCGAACGUUUCGGAGCCGAACUCCAAAACUAACGCUUCCGCCAGUUUUAAAGAGAAUUUACAGAAACCGGCGGAGGAGAACAAGUUCCUGGACAAUUGCGGAGUCACGUUGUUCCCGCAGAACGUGAAAGGCCUCGCUCAGGUUCCAAAAACACGAUUGUUCCCUGCUCAAAAGAUUUACAUAGCCAACUCGCAAAAGUCCAUUGCGUUUACUAAUCUAAAAACAUUUCAAGGCGGGCACAUGAAGAUCCAGGAAGUGGUGCGAUCUUCCAAGAGUCCUUUUAUUCUAGUGAACCCGUUGGAGGCGAAGGACGCGCAGCUUUUGAAACCAGGCACUAGCAGCCAGGCAAACGCGAAUAAAAUGGAAGAGUCGUCGACCAGCGAGGAAACUCUAGGCGAAGUGACCUCUAUAUAUAAGAACGUGUCUAACGAGGAGAUGAAGCAGCCUCCUGGAAAGCGAGGGAGUAAAAUGGAGUUCACGAUGACGAAGUAUCUGCACGAUAAUAUGCAACAGAGCAAGGCUCAGUCGGGGAAAGAGCCGAAUUCUGUCGAGAGAAGAACAUAUUACGAGACGACUAACAAGAAAUUGAACCUGAAAACCAUGUCUGGCGGUUUGAGCAAGAGCUUGUGCACCGGCGACACUUCGGAAAUAGCGAAGAUACUUUCCGAGUACAAUAAAAACAAUCUGAAAAAGUCAGCCACGGAAAGUCAAACUUCCUGGGCCAACAUGAAGAACAUCAGAGUGAAAGAACUCUAUAAGAAAGAGGAGAAGAUCAGGCAGAACGUUCAAGAGAGUUCCGCGGACAGAAAUGUGAACAUAACAUUUCCCCAGGGGAAGUGGCGGCGCUUUCAUUUGACCGUGGAGAAGCUGAAGGAUUUGAAAAGUAACUCGAGCGACAAGCGACACUCUUUGGGGAUUCCGAAUAAACAGUCGUUGUUUAAAAUUGACCAGACAACGACUGGCGAAACGUCCUCCGAUAAAAGAACUGAGGUCUCUAAGCAGUCAGAGACAGUUAAAAAGGGGCAGUCGAGCGCAACGAACUUGGAGAGGAAAGAGAACACCUCGACGACAAAUAGCAGCGUAAAUUCGGCUAUUGCGAAGACGCAAUCUCUGCAAGAAUUGCUGGAGAAUACCGCUAUGUUGUAUUGUGCAGCCACUGGAACUCACCAAGAUGAUUUGGCUAAUUAUAUCGACAAUUUAGACGCCGCACAAAGCAUGCAAUGGUUAGAGGCCUGCAAUGACCUAACUGUAUGAGUAAAGUAGCGAGCCAAGUGGGAAGAUAUUGCAAGGUUGGGUGCUUUGAUUUUACGAUGGAAAGUCCAGAUUUUAAUCGUCCCUUCCAUUGAAUUUUACGCGUACACAGAUGCAUUCUUGCCUUGCUUUUCUAGCGUGUCAUUGAGAUCAGUAUUUUAGGAUCAGAGUGAAAAUAGAUUAGAAUGUGAACAUAACAUUUAACACGACGAGAGGAAGUGUUCCUUUAUUAACACUUUGAUUGACAAAAGCUGUGGAAAUAGUACAAAUAUUUUCAUUCGCAUGAUAUUUACGUGUGUAAAGCUGCGUUGUUUAACUUUGUUUAUUAAUCGCGUUUACACAUUAAAAUAAUAUCUUAAUUAUAUAUUAUUCUAGAACAUAUUGGAACUACGUACGUAACUACGAUGCUGGAAUUUUGAAUGAAAUCAAUUUUCUUUUUAUUAUUAUUAUUAUUCUCAAUCCUUUGCACUUUGAUUUUGCAUUUAAUAGUAUUUAAAAAAUACUAAUUGGCACUUGUGCCGAAAUACAUUUUAGUAAAUGCACGUUGAGUAAUCAAAAUAUAUAGAAAAUUCAUUUCUGAAAGAAUUGAAAACAUUGUACGGGAUGAA